AUGCCUUUAAAAUAUUAUUAUGUUGUUCUAAUUAGUCACACUCCUGAGGUUUAUAACACCUUAGAAGAAUGUGAUAAAAUAGUUAUUUACACAGAUGGUUCUUAUAAAAAUAAUGAAAAAGGAUCAUAUGCUAGAAUUGGAGUUUAUUAUGAAGAUAGAACUAAACAAAUUACUGAACCUUUAUCUGAAGAUUUGCAAACUAAUAAUUAUGCAAAACUAUAUGCAGUAAUUAGAGCAUUAGAAACUUGUGAAAAUAAGUUAAAAGUUAUUGAAAUCAAAUCAGAUAGUCUAUUUGUCAUUGAUUCUCUUAAAACAUGA